AUGAAAUCGGUGGGAGGCUCUGAGGGGCAGGAACUGCCACAACUGCCGAGUGGGGCCUGGGACAACCCGGUUUGCUGUGGCCCCCUGUCACCGCCCGGGACCCUGAUGGUUUGCACCGUCUCUGGAGCUGCCGCAGCCCAGCCAGGGAAGGCUGGAGACAGGACCCCCGAGAAGGCCCAGCUGGUCUCGGUGUCCGCCUGCUGCCUCCAGAUCGGACGCGCCAUCCGAGGCCUGUGGAGGACCACCCUGACGGAGGACACGGCCGAGAACCGGGAGCUGUACGUCAGGACCGCGCUGCGGGAGCUGCUGCUCUACGCCCUGUUCCUGCUGGACAUCUGUCUCCUGACCUACGGCAUGACGAGCUCCAGUGCCUACUACUACACCAAAGUGAUGUCCGAGCUCUUCUUACGCAGCCCGGCGGACAGCGGCGUCUCCUUCCACACCAUCAGCAGCAUGGCAGACUUCUGGGACUUUGCCCAGGGUCCACUACUGGACAGUUUGUACUGGACCAAAUGGUACAACAACCAGAGUCUGGGGCGAGGCUCCCACUCGUUCAUCUAUUACGAGAACCUGCUGCUGGGGGCGCCUCGGCUGCGGCAGCUGAGGGUCCGCAACGACUCCUGCGUGGUGCAUGAGGACUUCCGCGAGGAUAUCCUGAGCUGCUAUGACGGCUACUCCCCGGACAAGGAGGAGCAGCAACCCUACGGGCUCCUCAACGGCACCGCGUGGACAUACCACUCCCCGGAGGAGCUGGGGGGCUCCUCCCACUGGGGCCGCCUCACCAGCUACGGUGGUGGUGGCUACUACCUGGACCUUCCUGGAUCCCGAGAGGCCAGCGAGGAUGCCCUUCGGGACCUUCAGGAGGGGCUGUGGCUAGACCGGGGUACUCGGGUGGUCUUCAUCGACUUCUCUGUCUACAAUGCCAACAUGAAUCUUUUCUGUGUUCUGAGACUGGUGGUGGAAUUUCCGGCCACCGGAGGGGCCAUUCCGUCAUGGCAGGUCCGCACCGUGAAGCUGAUCCGCUACAUCAGCCGCUGGGACUUCUUCAUCGUGGGCUGUGAGAUCGCCUUCUGCAUCUUCAUCUUCUACUACGUAGUGGAGGAGAUCCUGGAGCUCCAUAUCCACGGGCUUCGCUACCUCAGCAGCAUCUGGAACAUUCUGGACUUGGUGGUCAUCUUGCUGUCCAUUGUGGCUGUGGGCUUCCACGUAUUCCGCACCCUCGAGGUGAAUCGGCUGAUGGGGACGCUCCUGCAGCAGCCAAACACCUAUGCGGACUUUGAGUUCCUGGCCUUCUGGCAGACACAGUACAACAACAUGAAUGCCGUCAAUCUCUUCUUUGCCUGGAUCAAGAUAUUCAAGUACAUCAGCUUCAACAAAACCAUGACCCAGUUGUCUUCCACGCUGGCGCGCUGUGCCAAGGAUAUCCUGGGCUUUGCAGUCAUGUUCUUCAUCGUCUUUUUCGCCUAUGCUCAACUUGGCUACCUGCUUUUCGGCACCCAAGUGGAAAACUUUAGCACUUUCAUCAAGUGCAUUUUCACUCAGUUCAGGAUCAUCCUUGGGGACUUUGACUACGAUGCUAUCGACAACGCCAACCGCAUCCUGGGACCUGCUUACUUUGUCACCUAUGUCUUCUUUGUCUUCUUUGUGCUCCUGAACAUGUUCCUGGCCAUCAUCAAUGACACGUACUCUGAAGUCAAGGAGGAGUUGGCUGGGCAGAAGGAUGAGCUGCAGCUCUCAGACCUCCUGAAACAGGGCUAUACGAAGGCCCUCCGGAGGCUGCGGCUGAGGAAGGAGCAGGUGGCGGCCGCGCAGCAGGCCCUCCGGGGUGGAGCGCAGGAGACCCAGUUGGAGGAUUUCUCCAGCACCUUGAGGGAACUGGGACACACAGAGCAUGAAAUCACUGAGCUCACAGCUGUCAGCACGUUCAACCAGGAUGGGAAUUGUGUCCUGGAUGAGAAGGAGCAGGAGUUGAUGCGGCAGGACCCGGAAGAGGAACGGAUGACACUCCACGCUGAGACUGAGAACCUGGGCCAAGCAGGCGAGUCAGGCCCAGAGGCUGCCAGAGCAAGUGGUAGCAUUUCAGAAGAAUUCUACAGGCUCACUAGGAGGGUUCUGCAACUGGAGACUCUUCUGGAAGGAGUCAUGUCCCAGGUUGAUGCUGUAGGCUCAAGGCUGCAGGUGCUGGAGAGACAGAGGCAGCUGACUCCAUCCCCAGCCACAGAGCCCCCUCUGCACUUCACCUUCGCUCAGAAGUUGAACAUAUUCUUGCUAGCAUUCCCCUAA